AUGACAGAGGAUAUCCCACUGGCCGACGAGGUAAACCAAGUCGCCACCCUCACUGGCAUGGCACUAGGUGCUGGUACCCAACGCAUCUUCCACAAGAUUAUCCGUGAAAUGAAUAAACCCCCCCCACGGCGACGCACAACCAUUAAUGUGAGCCGCAUCCGACAUGCGGUAGCCGAGCUCAACGAGCAAGCUCCCACGACGAAAGCCAUAUGGGAGUGCACCAGGGACUCCGAUAGCCCUGUGGCCAUAAAUGGUUUUAACUACAAAAAUUUCCAUGACGGGUACCGUCUGGGGGACCACUGGAGAUACAUUCCUGGCUUCGAAGAAAGAGUGAGGUGCAAUCUGUGCAAAGAGGAUGAAUCCAUGGAACACAUCUUGCUGGAAUGCGAAAGCCCACUAGCUCCAACACGCACCAUCUGGCUCUUAGCGGAGGAGCUGUGCCGCAUGAAAAAUAUAAAAUGGCCCGCACUUUCAUAUGGCCUUGUCCUAGGCUGCGGACUACUGCGCUUCCGAAACUCGAAAGGAAAAUACCGUCAAGGAGCAUCCAGACUGUUCAAGAUUGUAGUCGGAGAAUCAGCCCACCUGAUCUGGAAGCUGCGUUGUGAAAGAGUCAACAAAAUGGUACAGAACCCCCCCUCUGCUCACCAUCUAGAAGAGGUCAGAAACCGAUGGAUCAAGCAGAUCAACCAUCGACUCGCCCUCGAUAAGAUCCUCACCAAUAAACACCGUUUCGGCCCCAAGGCCCUGAAACGCGCCAUUGUUCUGAACACUUGGAGCGGAACGCUCUUGAAUGAGGAUCGCCUACCAAACGACUGGGUUACCGAAACGGGGGUUUUAGUGGGUAUCACCUGCCUCCGCCCUCCGGGGCGGAACAGGUGA